AUGUUCGUCAACGAUGCUGAUGCUGUGCUGUUUUACUCGAGAUCCUGGAUAUAUUUUAAAAUUGGCGAAAUAAGUAUAAAAGAUGUGCCAAAAACAAGAAACCGGGAUCAGCAGUAUGUUUUUGUGACCAACGAACCGCCUAAUUUAACACUUUUAGAUCUUAAACUUGUUCCUUUUGGAUUCUUCAAUCUUACAAUGACUUAUAGGCUUGACAGUGAUAUUCCUUACGUGUAUGACAGAUUUGAAAAAAUCACUUUUGACACUCCUAGUAGUCAAAGAUACGACUGGAGUGAAGUAGAAGAAGCUGUAUCGCAAAAAACAAAAUCAAUUCUUCAACUUACAACUAACUGCAGAACGUUGUCAAGGCGCGAAGCGUAUGUAGAAAAGUUGAAACAAUUUAUCAGUGUCACACAAAAAGGAAGAUGUUUUCAACACUUAUGCAGUGUAUGGGAGGAAGAACAAGAAAUUGUUCCAAUAGUGCUAAAGGAUUCAAUUUAUCGAACAAUAGCUCCACCAAACUCCUAUAUUGCUGCAGAUAAUUUUUCUUCACCAGAACAAUUAGCUAAAUAUUUGAAGCAUUUAGAAGAAGAUCAUAAUGAAUAUAUAAAGUAUUUUGAAUGGCGACGGACUUACAAAAGGGUAAAACGGCAACCAAUAGUAUGUGAUCUGUGUAAAUUUUUGCAUCAGAAAAAAAAAUUUCAAAAGAUUUAUGAAAACAUUUACGAAUGGUGGAUAGAAAACGCAACUUGUCAUGACGAUUACGGUAUAAUAAUAAAUUCAAAAAAUUCAACACAUCAGCGGAUACAACAACCGACUGCAAAUGCCGAUCCGCGAAUAAACAGUCGUUAUCUGCAAAAAACAUAUGGUGCGGUCGAUAAUAUUUUAUUCCAUUUAUAA